UUCUUGGACUUCGACGUGCUUUCCACGAUACGAAGUAGCGAAAUCAACUUAACUGUAUUUCAAAAGUUAUUAAAAGCAAAGAAGGAUAAAGAGGGCAAGGACUAGUUGUUUGGUGAUAGUGUCUAUGAACUUGUAAAGGGUGUACGCAAGGAUAAAAUACAAAACGUUCACUUGCGAAUUCGUUUUUCAGAUGUGCUGGUGGUGUAGCUAGCUAGCUAAUGUCAAAGCAUGUAAACAGCUACUGGUUGGUUUUAACGCAUGCUGUAAUCUGACAAAAACUAAGUAGUUGCUCAACUGGUGCAACAUGGGACGUAAGAAACAGGGCAAGUUUGUACGCCCUGACAAAGGCAAAGACAAACGGCACAAAAUGAAAGGGAAGUCCUUAGAGGCCUUUACAGAAGAAAUGCACACUGCUUUUGAAGCAAGUCUUCAUGUAGAGGAAGGAGCAGAAGCCCCUCAGGUGAAAAUGCCUUGUCCACUUGCCAUGUGGGAGUUGGGUCACUGUGAUCCCAAACGUUGCACUGGCAGAAAGUUAGUACGCAAAGGGUUCGUACGCAACCUGCGCCUCAAUCAGAGAUUUAAUGGACUCAUACUGAGUCCAAUGGGCACAAAGUAUGUGACGCCAGCAGACAGAGCGAUUGUGGCUCAAAAUGGUUUAGCAGUGAUUGAUUGUUCCUGGGCCAAACUGGAGGAGACUCCCUUCAAUAAGAUGGUCGGAACUCAUCCCAGGUUACUGCCCUACCUCGUAGCUGCAAACCCCGUCAACUAUGGCAAGCCUUGCAAGUUAUCUUGUGUUGAGGCUUUUGCUGCUACAUUCUGUAUUGUAGGUUUUGAAGAACUGGCAAUGCUCUUAUUGAAGAAAUUCAAGUGGGGGACAGUGUUCCUGGAACUCAAUAAGGUUCUGCUGGAACGCUAUGCUGCAUGCCAGUCAGAAGAAGAGCUGCUGUCUGUAGAAAAGGAGUUUCUCACGUCCAAACCAGAGGAGGAGGAAUUUGAUCCUUUUGAUGUUAAUUCAGGAGUCGAAUGUAGGAAUCUCAACAGACAUCAUUGUGCACCUGAAGAUGCUGAUUCUGGUGAGGAUUCGGACACCUCGGACGAUAACGAAGAUGAAGCAGAAGAUGAGAAAACAGAAAGCAAUGGCGAGUCAAGAACAGUCUCAGAUCAUGAAGAGGAAGAGACUGAAUGAAAGUCAUCACAAUAAAGUGUAUUUCAACUAUGAAUCCCUUUUAUACAAUAGCUGGCAAAACUUGUUUUAAGAAGUCAUUACUUAUAAUGACUUUUUUGGGCUAUUGAGUUUUGUAUCAAAAAUGAAAGCUUGAUUGUGUGUUUUUAAUGUAAAUGCAGACAAAAUAAAUGAAUAUUUGGAACCUUCA